AAUAUUACGCAACCAUACCGUGCCGUGACCCUUCGCCGGCUCCUGCUUUCUUGACCAAAAUACUGAAGUGCUGUUUCGUAUUGACGCUUACAUCAUCAAAAUCACUCAUCGAGUCCACUUUUGAGGUAGCGAGGCCUGGGCGCAGCUGUAACUGUAAGCGCCGGCUUGGGCCUGCGGCGGAGGGGGCCGGACCUGGUCGAAUGCCCCAACGACUGGGCGUCAGCGCCUGAGUAGCGGCGCAGCGGGGCCGCAGGCGCCGAUGCCGACGGCCCGCUCGCGGGCGUCCGCUGCCACUGGCGGCAGCGGCAACAGCAGCGCGAACGCGCAGCAGCCGGCCGCGGGGCCGACCAGCACGCAGCUCAUCAAUGAGCGCGCGCACAUCUUGGGGCUGCAGCUGCAGGCGGCAGCGCUGGCCGCGCGCAUUCAGCACGCGGUGGCCAGCUACGGCUCGCCGUCGCUGCACCAGCAGCUGCGGGAGCUGCUGCAGCGCGGAGUGCUCAGCGCCGACGCCACCGCGGCGCGCAGCGAGGUUGCCUAUCUGCAGGCCCUACUGGAGAGGGUGCAGUCCGGCAGGCUGGCGUCGACCUCCGCCGCCGGAGGCGGCGGUGGAGGCAACGGAGCCGCCUCCGGCGGCGCCCGCCAGGGCGGCCGCCGUGGCGGCGGCGCAGCCGCAGGCGCCUCCGGCGCCGGAGGUGCCGGCGCAGCGUCAGCGUCAGCGGCGGCUCCGCUGCCUUUGACGGCACGUGCCGCCGGCAGCAAGCAGUUCUCGGCGCUGGCGGCGGAGCACGUGCGGCACUGGCUGGAGCAGGCGGGCGAGGCGGUGGGGCUGCUGGAGGACCUGUGCGCCCCCGGCUCCAUAGAGGAGUGGCCGCUGGAGCCGCCGGAGCCGCCGCCGCCGCGGCCGCCCGGCGGGCCGCCAGUGGCGCACUUCAUCGCGCGCAUCCCGGCCGAGCUGGCGUCCCACAUGGAGCUGCCCACCACUGGCUACAGCCAGCUACAGCCGCCACCGGCUGCAGCUGCUACGGCGGCGGCGGCUGGUGCUACGGCUGCUGCUGCUGCGGACGGCGGUGGUGUGUGUGUGGAGGCGGGCACGGCGAAUGGAGUCGGCGCCGGGGCUGGCGCAGGUGCGGCGUGUGUCAGCUGCGGCGGCAGCGGCCUGCACAGCGGCGGCGGCGCCGCCGCCUCCACCUCGGGCGGGCUACUAUGGGCGGCGGCGCCGCUGCUGCACGACCCGGCGGCGGGGGUGUCGUACCGCGUGGCGUGUCACGAGAGCUGGCCGGAGGGCACAGUGCUGCUGCGCGCGGCGGUGCGGGUGCUGGGGCUGGGCCUCCAGGCCAGUGACGUGGUCAUUCACAACAACGAGGAGGAUGACGUGUUUGUGGAGUGCGCCGCCGGGCCGCCGCCGCCGCCGCCACCCGCACCGCUGGGAGCUGCGGCCGGCGGCGCGGCGGCGGCUGCCGCAGGCACAGCAGCCGGCAGCACGGCGGCCGGCGGCGGGGCGGCGGGCGGGCGGAUCGGCGCGGAGGCGGGCGGUGUCGUCCUUGAGAACCUGACUCUGCUGCAGCUGGGCGGAUACGAGGGCGCACUCAGAGUGCUGCGCGGCCGCACCACGCUGGUGGACGUGGUGGUGCAGUUCGCCAUGGGCGGCGUCACGGUGGAGCCGGGCGCGCACCUGGUGCUGGGGCCGGGCACGCGGGUGGCGGGCGGCGCCACGGCGGGCGUGCAGGUGGCGGCGGGCGGCUGCGCGGAGCUGCUGGGGCCGGGCUGCGAGGUGACGCGCUGCGGCGGCGGCGACGACGUGGUGCCCAAGGACCUGGGCGGCGUGGAGCUGAUGGUGCCGCUGGCGGACUACCCACGACUGCCCGCCGCCCCCAGCCCCAAGGCCCUGCUGCAGGCGCACCGCCAGCUGCUGGACGGCAGUAGCAGCGGCAGCAGUGCGGCAGCAGCGGCGGCGGCGGCGGGCACAACAGCCAUUGGCUGUGCAAAUGACAACGGCUGUAGUGCCGCAAACGACGGCAGUAGCAGCGGCAGUGGCAGUAGCAGCGCCCCGGUGCCGCCUCAGGACCACCUGACCUCGCACCUGGGGGCGCUACAGCCGCCAGCGACCGUGGUGGUCGGCCCGGGCUGCACCAUACACAACACACGCGGCUUCGCGAUCUCAAUUGUCAAGAAGCGCGCGCUCGCAGCCUACCACGAACUCAUACACAGCGGUGCCGCAGGCGGCGGCGGCGGCGGCAGCGCCCCCGGAAGCAGCGCCGGCGCGUUCGGCGCCGGCGCGGCGGCAGCCAGCGGUGGCGCCGGAGGCGGCGGCGGCGGUUGUAGCCUGGCGGCUGCGCUGGAGGGCGCGCGGGUGCUUGUAGCUCGCGGUGCUUGUUUGGGUCCCAACAACAGCCGGGGGGCGGUGGGGGUGGUGGAGCUGGAGUAUCACCAGCUGGAUGGAGACGCGGUCAACCGCCGCACCGCCUCGCGCCACUUCCACGCCGUGCAGCUGGCGGCGCGGCAGCUGCAGGAGGGCUUUGCGUCGCCCGGUGUGGACUGGACGACGCACCGCAUCCGACUGGAAGCCAACCCGGCCAGGCCGGGGCGCAGGGCGACCAAGCUGGAGAUAGCUGCAACGGCGGCGGCCGCGGCGGCGGCGGCGGGCGGCGGUGCGGGUGGGGGCCGCCGUCGUGCGGGCAACGGAGUGGUGGUGGGCUGCCGGACACUGCGACAGGUGCUCUGUGCCAGCGUGGCUCGCGCGCAACGGCGGCAGCGCGGCAUCGCACACAGGCGGGCCGGCGGCGGCAGCAGCAGCAGUGGCGACAAUGGCAGUAGCAGCAGUGGCGACGGCAGUAGUAGCAGCGGGGACGACGACGAUUCCCAGGAUGAGUCGGGCGACGAAUACACCAGUAGCAGUGGCGGCGGCUCUGACGGGGUUUGUGAGGACGGGUCUGCGAGCGCGAGCAGUAGCACACGGGCUGCAGGCGCUGCUACAGCCGACGGGACACCCAUGUCCAUGCCAGGGUUGUUUAGGGGCGUGUCAACAGAGCACUCGCCAGCCGCCAUACGUGCGGCAGUGGCGGCGGCGGCGGUGUCGGGUUCGGGGUUGACAGUGGCUUCGCCGUCGCGGUCGCUACCUGUCUUGCCACGGGUGUGUUGCGGCUGUGGCCGCACUGCCUCUGGGGCGGAGGGGGCGGCCGCGGCGGCGGCGGCGGCGGCAGUGCCGGUCGCCGCUGUUGCCGCCGCAGCUGGCACAGCUGACGCCACUGGGCCGGGUGAGUCGUCUGGCGAUGGCGCCAAGCCGAGCAGUGCAGCGGCAGUGGCAGGGGCACAAGACGGAAGUGUGGCCGCGGGAGCGGGGACCGGCACAACGCUGCCUCCUAGUCCUGGGCAGCCGCAGGAGCGGCCGCCGCCCCCGCCUGAACAACCAGGACAGACCGUGCCAGCCGCACCCGGCGGCGGCGCGCCUGCAGCGGAAGGCGGGCCGGGCGCCGCCGCCGCUGCCAGCCCGCAGCUUGGCGCCGCUGGCACCAAGCCGCUGCGGCUGCGGCGCUGCGGCGCCUGCCUCAGCAUCUACUACUGCAGCGCGGACUGCCAGCGCCGGGACUGGGCCCGACAUGCGCCGCAGUGCCGGGCGCUGCGCGGGGCGGCGGGUGGCGCGGGCGCGCGUGGGGAGGUCACGUGACUGUAGGGGGGAGCACGCGGCCACUGCAUGGUGUGUGUAUGCCAUAAUGCGGGUGGGGCUGAGUGGAGUGUUGACUCUCGUAGUGUUGGUGACAGGGCGUAGCGGCGACACACGUUGGGCUGCUUGGUGAAGGGACGGUAAAAAGGGGGUAAAGGGCACGUCACAACUUGUGUAACAUGAUCGCCUGUUCUAGGCGUAGACCAAACACAUGGUCGCUUCAUACGGGAACGCGGCGAGUGCGGGAGUGCCCCCGGUCGGCUGGACAGUGACAGUGCCCAGUAGCUUCCAAGUUCCUGAUUCGUUGAAAUGUGGAUACGACGAUACGU